CGAUAUAGAACCAACCCUCUAGACCCCCACCCUGUGCAGCCAGCAGCAGUUCCUGUAUGCUAGUACCCGUGUAUAUACAGAUCACUGCCUGCAGGAUCAGUCAGGGAGUGAAAAACUAAAGCAUGACCAAGUGGGCUGAUAAUACCCCUCUGGAGUGGCAAGCUUAUGUCAACAAAGAGGUCAAAGUUACAGCCGAUGAGAAGAAUGAAUACCAAGGAUGGGUGGUAACCAUUGAUCCAGUGUCUGCAAGCAUUGUGCUGGCUAGUUUCGAAGAGAGUCAGAAGACAUUGGUCCGGCUGGUGAUGGGGCAUGCUGUGCAGAAGGUAGAAAUACUGAAAGAUCCAGAUGAUAUUACCAAAGAGAAACUUUUACAUUUCUUCGGUCUUCAAGAAACCACGAGAACAUAUACAAAAGAGGAUCUGGAAACCAAAAAGCUUAAAUUGAAGAGUUGGUUGGAGCAAAACAACAUUCCGGUUACUGAACAAGGAGAGUCAAUGAGGACAUUGUGUGUGGCCAGCUUAUUGACCAUUGAUCCCCCCUAUGGCCCAGACAACUGCAACAGUACAAAUGAAAUCAUAUUGUCUCGCAUCCAAGGACUUAUACAAGGUUAUAUGACAAGCCAAUGAGAGCUACUACUAUAUCACAUACAACUGCACAUGAACAUGGUGCAAUUUCAUAAGAUUUUCAUAGCACAUUCAUUAUUAAAGAAUGGGAGCAAUUAAAUUAAUAACGAUGGCUGCAAGUUACUGGCAUUUAUGGAUUUUGACCUGACCCCAAAGUUUCUACAGUAACCUGUUCUCACCUGAAUCCGUAUCUGUAACCAUCUCCUUACAUCACUUAGGGGGAGAUGUAGCAAGCCUUCUAAGGAGUGAAGAAGUUGCCCAUAGCAACGAGCUUAGCAUUUAAUCAAGUACAUUCUAUAAAAUGGUAGGUGGGAGGUUACUAGUUGCUAUGGGCAACUUCUCUUUUGAAGGCUUGAUACUUCUCUUUUGAAGGCUUGAUACAUCUCCCCGAAUCAGGAACUAAUAAUUAAUUUAGGUUUAGAGUACUGGUUCCUUUUCACAAUGAAAUUAUUCAGCUCAGUAUUCGAGUGUGAUUAGUUUGUAUUAAAAUGUAAUUUUCAAUAUUAUAUCUUCUACAGUAUUUGUCAGCAUAGGCUAAUUGUGGAUAGUGCCUUUUUCAUUACUUAAAUUGUUGUCUUAAAAUGAAUAAAAAAAGUUUAAAAAGUUGUAAUAA